GGAAAUAUGAAGAGUACAUCUGUCCUGCAUGGGCUUGUAGAUGCGCGGCAGAUUUCUUGCUAUUGAGUUAAAAGGUUAUAUGGCUGCUAAGGUGUACUAAGGGUGUGGAGAUGUAAGAGCGAUGAGAACAGUUUUUGUCGUUUCCUAUGGUUUAUCGUGCUGGAUAUUCCCUAGAGGGAUUGUUACCAGGCAACCUGUUUGCAUCUGCAUGAUUUUACUACCAAAUUACCAUUGACAGAGAAGAGCCAAUCCUUCGACUUGUUUGUAUGUGGUCAUGCGCGCUGGUCACAGAUUUACGUAAAGCUCAGGGUCACAACAGAUCCGUCGUUACCACGUACGUGGUAUGUGCCUGCUUUCUACCGCCUGUGGACAAUAGUCUGUCAGCGACGAGUAGGAAUUUUUCAUCAAGCAACGAUGACCGAGUAAGCAUGGACAGGGAGUAGCCAGAUCCUAUAGACAGCACACCUAGGCAGAGAAGGACAGGGCUACAAAAGAAGGGUGAGGCAGUUCUGUUGAUUAACGGUUCCUAAAACUGUACGGGAGAACCUCGCCAACAUGUAUGGCUUACUUUUAGAAAAUAUCCACGACUUCUUCAAACGGGUCUAUGGCGUGGACGUUUGGAAGCAGAUCCGCAACCGCGGAGGCAUCAAGGCGACCAGCUUUGUACUGAACCAGUCUUACCCCGAGACUUUCCUCCUGCGUCUAUCCACGGCAGCAUGCGAGUACACGGGAGAAACGCAGGACGAUCUUAUGUAUGACCUUGGCAUAUCUCUUAUAAAGUUCUACUCUCGAAGUGGAUACGACAAAGUAUUGCGAGUACUCGGCCGAAACAUUGCAUCUUUUAUAAAUGGACUGGAUAACCUCCAUGAAUACUACCGCUACAAAUACCCGAAGAUCAAGCCGCCUAGCUUCUCCUGCCAAGAAGAGUCCAGUACCGGCAUCACAGUGCGCUACCGGAGCAAGCGGCCGGGCUUCCUACAUAUGGUGAGGGGUCUUCUCAAGCAGCUCAGCAAGCAGUUCUUCGAAAAAGAUGUCAAAGUCGAAGUGAUGUCAGAAGAACUCAAAUUGGAAUUGAACAAGGGUGUGACACUUGUACAUUAUCGCAUGCACUUCGAUAACACAGCGCGCAUGAUGCCCACCUACACAAUCAAGCCAAAAAAGAGCCUGGACGACAUCUUUCCUGUAGAGAGCCAUCAUUUCUUCAGCUUGUUUCCCUUCCACAUUGCAUUUGGCAGAGAGAUGGUUAUAUUUAAGGUGGGGAUGGCGUUACGAGAAAUCCUGCCAGAACUGGUCGGCGAGCGUGUCAAUGAUGUUUUCUUUGUUGUUAGGCCACAGCACAUCGAAUUUACGUGGGACAAUGUUCUGUUACAUUCCAACAACGUGUUCGAGCUCAUCUCGGACAGCCCAGUGGAGCGACGAAACCUGGCACUUCCUUGCAGAGGAAGCAAAGAACAAAUGUUCAGUAAGAGUAGCAAGCCCAGAGGGGUGCGCGUGGAGAAUGUGGACCCCACCACGGUGAAGGUGAAGUGGGAGCCUCCCAAGUCCCUGACUCAGCAGCAGCAGAUCCAUGGCUACCAGGUGUACUACCAGAAGGUGACGGAGGAAGGCGAGGCUGUGGGAGAGCCCAUGAGGGCGGACGUCUGGAACGCCAAAACCACGGUGGCGGUAGGAGGCCUAGAUCCAGACGCUAGCUACGCUGUACAAGUAGUCGGCUACACCAAGACAGGAGAAGGGGAGAGGAGUGAGGCUCAGGUUGCCUGCACCACCCUGAAAGCCCCAGCCAAUAUCGUACCCGAGGUGACCAAGCUGCCGGCUGAAAACCGCGCUGCGGCCCAUAAAGAGGACGGAGGGAGGGCUGACGAGGUCCAUGACGACAUCGCGCGGCCUUUCCGUUCACCAGCCGACGCCCACCCCCACGAAAGGCAUCCGGUAGAUGCCAAGCACUUACACCCAACUGCAGCCAACAAAUCUGGUAAAAGUAAAUACCUCAGCCUCAAAGGGCAGAUGAGGUACGUGUCGGAGUGGAACGCGGUUCUCUUCUUAGGGACGCCAGUGAUGGGCAACCUGGAGGACUUGUUCAACUACGGACUGUACCUGACUGACCUGUGUAUGCACGACUGCACAAGAGAGAUGAUCAUCAACGGUACCCAGCCUUCAGUAGAGCUGAAGUUAGCAGUUAAUAAGCAAGCUGAAACUAACGACGAAUUGGGCGAACUCGUCCUAAGGAUCGACAAAGAGAAGAGAAAGGCUGACGAACUUUUGUACAGUAUGAUCCCAAGACCCAUUGCCGAAAGGCUCAGGAAUGGAGAAGCUGCUCUCAAUACAUGUUCGAUAUUCCACGAGGUAAGCGUUCUGUUUGCGGACAUCGUGGGCUUCACGGACAUCUGCCGUAAGGUCAGCCCCAUGGAGCUGGUGACGCUGCUCAACGAAUGUCACACGCUCUUCGAUGACCUUGCUCAGCAACACAAUGUCUUCAAGGUUGAAACAGUGGGAGACGAGUACAUGGUAGAGAGUGGUGCUCCUAUCCCGAACGAGAGUCACGCAUUUGAAGUAGCUGACUUUGGACUGGACAUGCUCAAAUCUCUCAGCACAACGAAGAACCCAUCAACGGGAGACCCUAUCAAAGUCAGAAUAGGCAUGAAUACUGGAACUGUAGUUGCCGGUGUGGUGGGGCUAAAAGUGCCCAAGUACUGCCUGUUUGGAGAUGCAGUCAAUACAGCAUCACGGAUGGAAAGUACAGGGUUGCCCAUGCACAUUCACAUUUCCGAGGAUAUGAAGAAGUGCCUGAAAAAGGCUUACAUCAUAAAAGAAAGAGGAGUUGUCACCAUAAAGGGUAAAGGCCGCAUGAAGACAUACUGGCUAGCCGGGAGGAAAGACGAAGAGUCGUCCUCAGAUGACUCGGAUAAUACCACCAGUGGCAAGAAAAGCUCCAGGUUAAUGGUACCCCGAGAGGCAGGCAGUUCCAGGAAGUUUGAAAGUAAAAAGGGCAGGGGCGGGGCAUAUUCGUCUGGUCAGCACUCGCCCGACAAUAGUGACGAAGAGUGCCCAAGUCUAGACGGGGAAAAACAAAGUAAAGUUUGUGUCAUACUUUAAUCGACAAGAAAAUGUGAACCGUGUUGCCAAAAUCCAACAGUCAUCUACUUUCACUGUAUUAUGGCGAUUUUCUCUAGGCGGCCCAGCAGGUAUUGCCAUCGGCUAAACACAUUCUCCAGUGGUAUAGAUCAUAGUACGAAUUGAUGGUAAUAGCAACAAACAGGAAUGUCAUUGCCAUUGACACUGGUAAUUGCCGUUUACUUCCUACUGAUUUGCUGGAGAUAUACAUUGUUAGAGCAAUGCUCAUUGAUCAAGUGAACGUUGACAUACUAUGUAUAUCAUUGUAGUGUAUUCUAUAAGACGUAUAGGCGACAGAUCACCACUUUUUACCUUAUCCGUCAUUCGCAGUUACUAUUGUCUAAGCAAGGAAGAGGCAUUUCUUUUCAGCUCAAGCGUUGCUGCAUGGGCUUUGUUAUUUGGUAGGUCAAUAAUUCUAAUUGUUAUCUAGAUCCAUGUUAUACAUUCCGCAAAAUCAUAGCCCUAAAUUACUGGUAACAGAGGAGGAUAACCUUAGGCAUAUUUGUUGCAAAACUGACCGCAAUCAACUGGUGACAAAUAAAAUCAACAGGAAAUGAAACAUAGAUCCAUGCAAGGAUGUUGCAACCUGACCCGAUCGCCACUACUACAUUUGGGUGCUAGCUCCUUCUAGUGGACGACGCUGUUUUAGCCAGCUGGUAAUAGUAUUACCGUUACUAUAUUCGUAAUGUUCGUUUUCUUUUUGACGUGAUGUGAUGUGGCCAUGUAAUACUCAGAAUAGAGUGGGUAGGUUACACAAAUGCUAGCUUGCGCCACGGUCGACAGUGAACUAAUGCACAUAUACGUUACCUGGGAAGAGUAUGGAUUAGUAGACCUCAUGACGCUUAAUUGUAGCUUGAAUUGCAUAAUGGCCAGGACGCAAUGCACAAAUAACGGAUUAUCGACUGGAAAAAAUUGUAGUUACGGAAUCAAAGAGAUGACACAGACAGAUUUGUAUUCUCGAUGGAAUGUCACCUAAACGUUUCUGACAACACUUGCUGCUUUUAAAGAUAUAUGUUCAUUUUAGAUUACGAAAUCUUAAGUCCUGUGACAAGUUAGUCUUUACUUAAACAUUCUAAUGAAAGGGCUUGUAUACUUACUGUACUGCCAAAUGAUACACCAACACCCCCAAAUCAGAUUUUGUUUGGUCAUUGGCAUAAAUAAACUCUUUUCAUAUAGUCCUUAUCUAACAAACUUAAACGUAAAUUGAAAUACUAUAUGUGAAAUGUCACCACCAUCGUGUAAAACUCCGUCCCAUUCUGUACCACUGCCAAAUAACCAUACAUAUUCAUCGGCUUACGUAUUGCGUAUCUAAAUUUACGUUCUUGCCCGUUUUGCUGGUUUCAAUGUGUUUCGUUCAAACCGCACUGUUAGGUCCUGCAGGGAGACGGUGUUCUGGUAGGUUGAACAUGCAAAUCUGGUUUCCAGGUGGCUAGAAUUGUUUUACUGGAAUAGUACCCAGUGGUGUAACCAUAGAUCUGCAUAGACUGGUGACGACCCAAGAUUUUGCCUCAGAUUACAUUAAUUUUUUUUUAUGCUAUAAAGAUUUGGCAAACCUGAUAGCUCUUAUCUUUAAGUUGUAACAUUUUACGUCGUCAAAGCAUUUUUCAAUCAUCAGGGUCUCUAGGAUAACUUCGUUGGAGUAGCGAACUAUUGCAGAAUGACUAUGAUGUUGACAGAGAGACUCGUGCUAUUUUGAGAUCAAGGUACUGAGAAAUGGGUGGUUUUCCGGCAGACUCGCAAGGUGGUCGUACACGACCAAAUCGGACGAGUGGCACAAGCUGGGAAUCGUUUGAAUAGACCUUACUAACAGCAGACGAGUCAAAUGAAUUCAGCAGAAGCUGUUAGUAAAGGCUGCCAUCGCAGCGUGCAACGUAGUAGCUAUUAGUAAAGUCUAUUUCUAAAGGGAACAUUUUGUGGUGGUACAUUUAGCAGUCCUUUAGCAUAUUUCCUACUACUUCCCAUAAAGUCCCCUGAUGCCCCUCUAGUUCUCCUUAAGUCCUGGUGACAUCCUUCUGUUCUGUCUGUUGUAUCAGGUAGGGAAAAGAUCUCAUCCGCAUCUCCGUGUGAUUUUAGACCUUCUCCAGAUCUAAUGGCCGUUGUUUGUUUGCAGAGGCAGUGACUCAGGCCUUAUGUAACUUGUGGCAUAUUCGCUGCAUUUACAGAACUUGGGUUUACUAGCUAUGAUGUCAUGAAUGAUGUCAUAGAAAGUCAGGCGUUUCAUUUAUUCAACAUGCGUGAUGAAUCAAAAUGAAUCGAGCUAUUCGUGCGCUGAGGUCAGUUAUCGGAUUUUGAAUUUGGGGCUUAGAAGAAUUUGGUACCUGUGUUGCCAAGGCUUGUCGUCAUGAUCACGAACUUGUCUUUAUUUCUACGUAGUUUUAGUCAAUCCUGACCGAAAAUUGCUAUGCAGCACGCAACGUAGGUUCGUUCCUUGUCUCUCCCUGUGACGUCAUAUUUAAAGAAGACCUAGAUACAAAUAAUCAAAAAGCAUGACUCACAUCACUUCUUAAUUCCUGUUCUGCGGAAGGGCUUUUUUCCAUUAAUUUUUACUGUGUGAAUAAAGUGCGCAAAAGUGUAUUCAUGCUACACACUACACACUGGCAGGUUUGAGGGGCCUUGAGCCACGAAACAAAAUCAUGAAAGGGCAAAACUAAAAACUUUCACCAUGAAAUCUUUCGAAGGAUGGCAGAAGACCGUCUACAAAAAUAUUGAGAUCCGAUCAACUCUGAGCCAUUUUGUGAUGUGCAUAUAACAUCUUAUUAAGUGUACAUUGUAAGACAUGGUUCAUGGUUCAAAAAUGUAUAUACUGCGGAAAACGACGCGUUCCUAAGGGCUGUUUGAAGGAAAGGUAUGAUGGGGAGUGAUGCGGAAACGUCAUGUUUUGAACUGUAUAAUGAAAGAAAACACAUGGAAUACUGCUACGCGCAUGUAUUAUCAUUCCCCUUCAUUAUACAUUCAAACUUCCUUUUUGCUCAUCGCCCAUGAUUAUCUUUUCUUGGACAGCACUGAUAUCUUCAGUUCUUAGGUACGUUGAACAAUGGAUUAUUACUUAGGAUUAAUGUGCAAUCAGACAUGAUGUAAUACAUGUAAUGCUGUUGGUGAACAAAAUGAAUUCGACUAAGUCUCCGAGGCACUAACAUAAAGGAACAUCAUCUUUGAUUACCACCCAAGUUUGUAGUUAUGCCUGUGAUGUUUAAGGGUAGGUCACCUAGGUGUUGGUUUUGUAUUAGAAGUAUGUGCAGGAAUGCAUUCUCUGUGUUCAGCUAGUAUGUGGACAUGUACAUCUUCAGAAAACGUGGUAGUCAUUACUUCGAUGCUAUGUAUAAGUACCAACUCAUGAUGUUUGUGUCGUUGUAUCCUCCAAUAAACUUUGACGUGAAAAAUA